AUGGGGCUGCUGGGCGAGGUGACGCGGGGCCUGGUCCGCGGCGCCGACCGCAUGUCGGCCUGGACGAGCAAGCGGGGCCCGCGGACCUUCUUCAAGAGCCGCGGCUGCAAAGUCUUGGGCAACAUCACCCCGAGCCGGAAGUUCGUGCUGGUGAAGGACCGGGUGCCGGUGCUGAUGGUGCCGGACCUGACCGGCUUCAAGCUGAAGCCCUACGUCUCCUACCGGGCGCCCGCGGGCAGCGAGCCGCCCCUGAGCGCCCGCGCGCUCUUCCAGCAGACGGCCGCGCCGCUGAUCGAGAAGGACGUCCAGCGGGCCUCCUUCGACCCCGACGCCCUGGAGAAGUACGGCUUCGAGCCCAGCCAGGAAGGGAAGCUCUUCCGCCUUUUCCCCAAGAACUUCGUGCGCUAGCGGAAGGAAG